AUGUCGACGACAAAACAGUACGACGAGAAAAAGCCCGAUGUCGAGGCAGCCGUGCGUGCAGAGACGCAUGAUGUGUACGAUGAGGGCGAGUCGGGUGUAGAUCCCGUCUACCAGGCAAAGGCAAGAAUCUUGAACGAUGCCUUUGAGGAGAUUGGAAUGGGAAAGUAUCAAUGGUACUUGUUCGUCGUAGCAGGAUUCGGAUGGUUCUCCGAUAAUCUAUGGCCUAUUGUCACUGGGCUAAUUUUAUCGCCAGUGGUGAACGAGUUCAACUUCCAAGGUCCUUUCCUCAAGCUCGGGCAGAAUAUCGGUCUCCUUGUAGGUGCUGCAUUUUGGGGAGUUGCGUCGGACGUCUGGGGCCGGCGCUGGUGCUUUAAUAUCACACUGGGCAUGACUGGUGUAUUUGCGAUCGCGGCAGGCGGUUCUCCCAAUUCUGUAGCUCUCUGCUCACUCGCAGCAGUUUGGAGUGUCGGUGUCGGCGGAAACCUCCCUGUGGAUUCUGCUGUGUUUUUGGAAUUUGUACCGGCAUCUCACCAAUAUCUACUGACCAUCCUUUCCAUCUGGUGGGCAUUCGGCCAGCUCAUUGGCAGCUUAAUUGCUUGGCCGCUGAUCGCGAAUUACUCCUGCGCAUCCGCAGCACACUGCCCGCGGUCGUCAAACCAGGGGUGGCGCUACUUCCUCUACACGAUGGGCGGGCUCAUGAUGCUUUUCUUCUUCCUGCGCUUCUUCGUCUUCCACCUAUACGAGUCCCCUAAAUAUUUAAUGGGCCGUGGUCACGAUGCUGAGGCAGUGGAGGUCGUGCAGCGCAUUGCGAAGUACAACGGCCGCACUUCUUCGCUGAUACUUGAGAUGCUUACAGAGGCCGGCGAGACGGUCAAGGAGCCUGGAAGGGAGGCGGAGAUGGAUACGAGUGCGCGUGCGGCUGUGAUUAGGAGGAUGAGAAAGUUCAGCGGAUCGCAUGUGAAGUCGUUAUUUGCGACGAGGAAGCUUGCAUAUUCAACUUCCUUGCUCAUUAUCAUUUGGGCUCUUAUUGGACUUGCUUUCCCCUUAUACAACGGAUUCGUGACAUACUUCCUUGCCUCUCGAGGUGCUGACUUCGGAGAUGGUUCGGUAUAUAUUACAUAUCGCAAUCAAGUUAUUUUAAGCGUGAUCGGUGUGCCGGGUGCUCUUCUCGCAGGCUGGAUGGUUGAGAUUCCAUACCUUGGUCGUAAGGGGACUUUGGCAAUAUCAACAGUUAUCACGGGUGUGUUCCUCUUCGCGAGCACGACCGCACGCACGUCGAACGCACUGCUUGGCUGGAAUUGCGGAUACACUUUCACGAGCAAUGUGAUGUACGGCGUACUGUAUGCAGUGUCUCCAGAGCUCUUUCCCACGAAAGACAGGGGCACGGGCAACGCCAUCGUUGCCUCCGCGAAUCGCGUUUUCGGGAUCAUGGCUCCGAUUAUAGCACUGUAUGCGAACCUCGCGACCUCUGUGCCGAUCUACGUGUCUGCGGCCCUGUUCAUUUUGGCUGGAUUCAUCGCGCUUCUGUUACCGUUCGAACCAAGGGGGAGGGCCGCGAUACUCCAUGGCGAGAUGAGCUACUGCUUUGUUGCUCUAUUGAUACCCGCGAUACCAGGUAAACUAGGGUCUCAUCUCCAUCAAACACAUUUUCAAACAAGAUUUGGCGUUCAACUCAGCCCCAACUCAGCCCCCAAACAGUCGUAA